UCUCCCGCCAAGUUAAAUGCUUCAUUAUCCUCGGUCCGAUUUCCCGCCAUUUUCAGCUUCCGUUCUAGAUCUUCAUCGCCGCCGCCGUCCGCCGUAUCCGACGCCGCUGUAUUCAGCCGGUGAUUCAAGUAUACCGUGCUGCGUAAAUUAUUUCUGUAAAUUUGGAUAAAGGAAAAUGAGCAGAGAAGAAGUUGAGAAUGGAGGAGAUGAUAUGUUAAUAGACGGAGAUGAAAUUGAGCAAAGGAGGCUAGAGAAUGCCGUUCCAGAAGGAUUCAAUGCCGAUUAUUUAAAAGCAUAUUAUGGAAAGAUUUUCCCUUAUGUUGAUAUGUUCAAGUGGCUGUCUUAUGGCAACGAUGGAAAGCAUCCAGGAUGUGAUCACUCAUACUUUGGUCGAAGGGAGUUUUCUUUCACAUUGGAUAAUGAUAUUUACUUGCGAUUUCAAUCGUUUAAUUCUGUAUCUGAGCUGGAAAAUGCUAUCAAAGAGAAGUGUCCUUUCAAAAUAGACAUUGGACCUGUCUACAGCGUAGAUCCUUCAAAAAGGCACGCAUAUUCACAAGGUGGUGACAAUAUUUUCACACCUGUUGAGAAGGAGCUAGUUUUUGAUAUUGAUAUAUCAGACUAUGAUGAUGCCAGAUAUUGCUGUUCAGGAGCUGAUGUUUGUUUAGAGUGCUGGCCGCUGAUGACAAUUGCUAUCAAGGUCAUUGAUACUGCUCUCAGAGAUGACUUUGGGUUCAGCCACAUCCUAUGGGUAUACAGUGGCAGACGUGGUGUUCAUUGUUGGGUUUGUGAUGGAAAAGCGAGAAGGUUGAACAAUGAACAGAGGGCUGCAAUUGUUGAUUAUUUUCGUGUCUACAAGGGCAAUGAGAAUAGCAGUAAAAAAGUUUCUCUAGUGGGUCCUGCACUUCAUCCUUUCCUCGUGAGAUCUUAUACUGAGGUCUUGAAAGAUUACUUUGAAAAAAGACUGUUAUCAAGUCAAAAUUUGUUCUUGAAUGAGGAAAGGUUUGAGAAGAUUCUGGAAAUGAUACCUGAUGAGUCUGUUACAUCUGAGCUUCGGGGAAGAUGGUUGUCUAACAAACGCUCAAGAGAGGAAAUUAAUGUUGCCCGGUGGGAUCAACUAAAAAAUCUAUUGCAGUCCAAUAAACAAAAGGGCCAAGGUCUUCGUAGAUGCAUCGAGGAAAUUGUGUUUACUUUUACCUAUCCAAGGCUUGAUAUGGAGGUCUCAAAGCACAUGAAUCACUUAUUAAAGGCUCCUUUCUGUGUGCACCCCAAAACAGGCCGGGUUUGUGUUCCUAUUAAUCCCAAGAACUGUGAGGAAUUUAAUCCGUCUGCUGUUCCAACCCUUUCCCAGCUUCUUGGGGAACUUAAUACUGGAGGCUUUAAAGGAGAAGGGGAUCAUGAAUGGGAUGGAACCUCUCUUGGAGAUUGUGUUAGAUACUUUAGGGAAUCCUUCUUGCAACCUCUGUUAAAGUCUUGCAAGGAGGAAAUAGAGACAUCUUAUAAUGCGAAAGUUCAGCAGUCAAGGAACUCAAUUAGCUGGUAGUGUUCUUAUAAAAUCUCCUAUAUACAUGUGAUGUUAUUUACGACCCUGCAUGUGAUUGUAAUUAUGUGUCAAGACUUUAUUGUCCUUGGUUUGUUAAUUUAUUUGCCUAGUUUAGUGAUAAAACUUGUAACAUGCUCUCCCUAUAUUGUUAGUUUAUAAUAUUUCCAUUUGAAAAAAAAGAAGAAGCUUGUACUACUUAAUGUUAUGGGGAGUAAUUUGUACUUGCCCUCUUGAGAC